UUAACAUAGCUGCUUUCGGUGGUUCUGUGGAGCUGUACUUUGAGCUCGCUGUUUCCCUGCAAAGCCUUCUUCCUGUGCACCUGGAAAAAAACUGCGUGGCGUCGCGCAACACAACAUUAAUCUAUUAGCUAUGAUGUUUUCCAAGCAGCGGCUGCUUGUUUAUCUGUGCGCCGCCGUUUUGCUGCUGAGCGGAUGCGCCACCCAGUCGGUCCGCGCUUCGCUGCACCAGCGACAGCAGAGCGCGCUCGGGUCGCAGCAAACUAAAACAUCGCACACUCUUCGGGCUGGUGAAGUUGCGGAGAUGAGCGUUAUGGACUCCAGCUCUGAGGCCGAGCAUGAUGACGCUCAUGCUGCAGAGAUCAGUCACACCAGGCGUCAGUCGCAGCAGAUGGCGACGGAUGAUUUCAUUGUAACCUACUCGACCUGCUUUCCGCUGGAACCGGCCACGUGGAAGGACAACACCACGUACGUUGCUGGCGUCCGCGAGGACUUGCGCAAGAGCUACGCCAACUACCUGACGGGAUCCACGCCCCAGGACAUCAUCAUUCACGGCAUCGUCAUCGUGUACGACAACGGCACCACACUGAUAAUCUCCAUGGACAGCGACCUGACCGCCGGCGCCAGCAGCGGGCGGCGCAUGGCGCUGGAUGCAUCAGGCCGGGUGGCGACACAGGCCGCACUGGCGCGCGCGCUUGAUGCGGCCGUGGGGCCCCAUCGCCGCCGGCAGCGGUCGCUGCAGCAGUCGUCAUGCACGUACAUGACCCAGGUUGUGAUUGGCCUGGUCUCCGCAGUGGGCACGCCUUCCCCGUCCCCGUCCCCGUCCCCGUCCCCGUCCCCGUCCCCCUCCCCCUCCCCCUCCCCCUCCCCCAGCAGCACUGCUGGCGGCAGCGGUGCGGCGGCCAGCAUCACUGAUGACUACAGCAUCACGCUGCUGGACGACAACGGUUGCUCCAUUGCCGACCCCUCCGCGUGGAAGGCCAACGCCACGUACGUCCAGGAGCUGCGCCAGACCAUUCAGAUGGCGGUUGCGGAUGCAGCGGCUGUCCGCCCCGACGCCGUCAUUGUCCGCGGCCUGGUCUUCACCUUUGCCAACGGCGCAGUGGUGAAUGUGCCCAUGACUGCUGCCACUACGACCACCGCCACGGGCGCGGGCGCGGGCACAGGUGGCCGCCGGUCACUCCAGGCGGCGUCGUGUGGGUACACGGUGCAGGUGCUGAUCAGCAUCAUAACCCAGCAGCAGCAGACUGCCGCAUCGCCCUCUCCCUCUCCCUCACCCUCGCCCUCCCCUUCUCCCUCACCAUCGCCCUCCCCUUCCCCCUCUCCCACUCCCUCUCCCUCGCCUUCCCCCUCUCCCUCGCCCUCUCCGUCCCCUUCUCCCUCGCCCUCGCCCUCUCCCUCGCCCUCCCCUUCCCCCUCGCCCUCGCCCUCUCCCUCCCCUUCCCCCUCGCCCUCGCCCUCUCCCUCGCCUUCCCCCUCGCCCUCGCCUUCUCCGUCCCCUUCUCCCUCGCCUUCCCCCUCUCCCUCACCCUCUCCCUCGCCCAAGCCUGCCCCCGCUGGCGGCAAGAAGGUCACCUUCCUGGCCCUCCGCAACGCCACCGGCCAGGGCACCGUGGGCACCAAGCGAGCCGUGGUGUGGCGCGAUGACUCCGACUACACCUCCCUGCUCUCGCCGGGAUCGCCCCUCUACCUGGUCGACCCUGCCAAGGCCGCUUGCCCGGCGGCGUGCGCUGCGUGCGAUGCUGCCUGGAAGGUGACCAGCGACCAGCUGACCCUGCCCAUCUUCUUCAAGGAGCCCAUGCAGCUGUCCGCGAUCAACAUCAAGCAGAUCAAGAAUGUGGGCGUGGUCAAGGUCCAGCUGCUCAAGUGGAUGGGUGCCCCCUCCACCGGCCAGGUGACGGGCAAGGCGCUUGGCGCAGUUGUGUACGACACGACCCAGGACUCUACCAAGUGCCAGUCGGUUCUGUCUGUCAAGGUGGGCGCCAAGGACAGCGGCAUCGGCCUGCCCGUGCCGGCCGCCGGCACACAGGCCAAGCUCGGGAAGAAGCUGGCGGCCAAGGCGGUGGGCGGGGUGCUCAUCACCAUGCAGCGCCCCGCCGGCGCGGACGCCGCCUACGGCCCCUACGUGGAGUAUGUGCGCUUUGCGGGCCGCGUGCUAUACCCCAAGGAUGCCUCCCAGUACGCCUACACCAACGCCUAGGCUGCAGGCAGCGCCCCUGGACGUACCAGCAUGCGGUGCUGGUGCAGCAGGUUGAGCGAGAAUAAUCUCGGUUGCUCGGCGCUCAGCAGGAUGGCAGCGCCGCUUAAAAUCAAGUUCGUUGAGCUCUGCCGCACGAAAUGCGUGUACGAAUGAUUGUCGGCCGACGGACGAGGGCUAACACGUGUCUAGGUGUUCAGCGGAUCAGGGGCGCAGGCAUUUUACUCACGAACAUGUAAGAAGGUUUACUUUUCUGCACAAGGGCGAAUCACUAUGGCUCGAGCGUUGCGCCCGGGAACUGCCUGGAAUUGGCUCCCGGUCACCAGACUUACGUGUGCCACGAUGGUUGUCCAAUCACCCGAGCUCGUGAAGCUUUGUAAGUAAAAGUAAGAUACUACUGCAUAUCUACUUAUUUCAUGUGACAGACAGCAUAUCGUUUGUGCCGCCCAAAUCACCAAACGACAGCAAACUCGACGACGAGUGCGGGUCCGCCAUACAAAUCGAUUUUGAUGUAAUAGUGAUCUAUG